GGGACGCGAUAGGGUGCGCGGAGGCGGAGGAGAAAAGAGAAACGCAGCUCCACGCUGGGGACACGCGGGGUGGGAGGGGUAAGAGGGACGCAGCUCCGCACUGGGGACGCCGGUUCAGUGACUGUGACACGAGACAAAGGGUCCGACAGGAAGUAGUGCCGCCGCUCUCUGGGUCUGAAUUCCGUUCCCCCCCCCCUCCCCCUCCCCGAUGGCUACUCUCCGUGCGCUGGGCGGCUCGUUGCUGACGCUGGGCCGGCGCCAGGCCUGGCUCCGAGCUGCAGGCCCCGGUCACAGGCUGAUGAGUAGUAGCCUGUUCUCGGUGGACGACGUGGUUAACGGGUUGACCGAGGAGCAGAAGCAGCUUCGGCAGAUGGUUCAGAAAUUUUGCCAGGACCAUCUCGCUCCCAAAGCCCAGGAGAUUGACCAGAAGAAUGAGUUCCCAGAGCUGAAGGAGUUCUGGAAGCAGCUUGGUAAUCUUGGAUUUCUCGGGAUCACUGCACCAGUGGAGUAUGGCGGGGCAGGAGGUGGAUACUUGGAUCAUGUCCUGGUUAUGGAGGAAAUAAGCCGUGCGUCUGCUGCCAUCGCCCUCAGUUACGGAGCACAUUCCAACCUGUGUGUCAAUCAGCUAGUGAGGAAUGGGAAUGAAGAGCAGAAGCAGAAAUACUUACCAAAGUUAAUCAGUGGUGAACAUAUAGGGGCUCUUGCAAUGAGUGAGCCAAAUGCAGGGUCGGAUGUCGUCGCAAUGAAAUUAAAGGCGGAGAAGAAAGGUGAUUACUACAUUCUCAAUGGCAACAAGUUCUGGAUUACCAAUGGGCCUGACGCUGAUGUCCUCAUUGUUUAUGGCAAAACGGACAUUAACGUCAAGCCAGCGUCCCAUGGUAUCACUGCAUUCAUUGUGGAGAAGGGCAUGCCUGGAUUCAGUACGGCUCAGAAACUGGAUAAGUUGGGAAUGAGAGGCUCCAACACGUGUGAGCUAAUCUUUGAAGACUGCAAAGUGCCAGCCACAAAUAUCUUGGGAGGAUUGAACAAAGGAGUCUAUGUGUUGAUGAGUGGUCUAGACUUGGAGCGACUGGUGCUGUCUGCUGGCCCUCUUGGCAUCAUGCAGGCCGUCCUAGACCAUGCUCUCCCUUAUUUGCACAUCCGAGAGGCUUUUGGUCAGAAGAUUGGUGAGUUUCAGCUUUUACAAGGCAAGAUGGCUGACAUGUAUACCCACCUGAGUGCCUGCAGACAGUACAUAUACAACGUGGCAAGAGCUUGUGACGAGGGACAUAUGAGUGCAAAGGAUUGUGCUGGUGUGAUUCUCUAUGCUGCAGAGGCAGCUACAAAAGUCGCUCUGGAUGGGAUUCAGUGCCUGGGCGGCAACGGAUACAUCAAUGACUACCCUAUGGGUCGCUUUCUGCGAGAUGCUAAGUUGUAUGAAAUAGGAGCUGGAACCAGUGAAGUCAGGAGACUCAUCAUUGGGAGAGCAUUUAACGCCAUUUACAAAUAGCCCAAUUUCCCAGCCACUCCCUAAAGACAAGGCCUCGUACAUGUCUCCUCAUUCUACAUGUUGCACAGCUUAGCGCAUUACGGCAAUAUCCCAUUAACUUCUUAAGGUGUGUGUACCCAUUGUACUUUGAAGUGCCUUGGAUUCUAUAUCAGGAAAUCCAACAUUCAUAAAAAUAUCAGUUGCAAGGGUAGGAUUGUGGCAAAAUCAUGAAUGCUGUCUUCCGUUGAACACAAAUACCAUAUUGAACAGGAGGAAAGGAUUCUGCAGUUAGCAGAGCAAUAGGAUGCUCAAUGCAAUGCAAAAAAAUUGGUUCUGCAUCAUCACUGUGGUCUGUUGGUUAAUGCACUGUGUGAUGUUUUAUUAAUUUGCAGAGAAGAAAUGAAAUGCAAAUGCCAGAGGAUUAUCUCUCUGCAGUACCUCACACUGAAAUGACAGGAUUAUUCAGUGUUGCUGGCUCAGUUAUGCAUAAUCUAUACAUACCACCUUCCUCCAGGAUCUCAUUGUACUUUUUAAGUGUUCAGCUGUCAUUGUUAUGAAACUAGAAUGCGAGAGUCAGCAGAUGGUUCGCUUUCCAGAGCAGCGCCAAAGUUGCAAGCUGCCCAGUUUGGGUGCCCCUUAGUUCAAAAUAACAAAUGCAAGCCCAUAUCCCCGGCAUUGCCCACAAUAUAUCAGAGGGCAGCAGGAGAGUUGCCCUUUGUAUCACACAUUGUAUUUUGCUGCUGUGGUGGAGUUCUGUAUGUAAUUAACUUCCCCUUAAGACCGCAAGGUCUCUGCACGACCUGAGGUCAAUCACAGUUUAGUCGUUUUAUCGUUAAAAUGGUCUCGAGACCAGAAAACAGCAUUUAGUCUUGCUACACCAUAACAUUUCAGAGUGUCAUAUCCCACUUUUUGUUACAGGCACUGGAAAGUGGAUGAGCGUUGUCCAGUCUUUAACCUUAAUGCUUGUUUUAUUCAUUCUGGGUGUCACAGGCAGGAUUGGUGUUUAUUCCCCAUCCCUAGUUGGUGGCAACCCAUCUUCGAGCCACGGUUUUUAUACAACCAAGUGUCUUGGCAUGGCCGCUUCAGAGGGCAGUUGCUAUUCAACCAUGUUGGUGUGGGUCAGGAGUCACGUAUAAGCUAGGUUGGGUAAAAGCAGCAGGUUUCAUUUCCUUGGACACCUUUCUGCAUUUCAUUUCAGAUUUCUGUGCAUUUUUUUAAUGUAGUUUCAGUUGCGAAUGGAUUCUGGUUCCUGUCCUGGGGGAGCAGGAUGUACACAAGAAAGCCAGUGCACAGAUACCAAGGAGGGAGAGAGAACGUGCUCACUGCUUCAUGUUAAGUCUCCACACUAAAUAUCAACCUCCCACUUAGCCUCCUAAACUUGAGAGUCUUAAAAAGUGCUGAGGAACAAGCUCUUGGUGUUUAAUCUGUUUAUUAUUAAGGUGUAUUCACUGCUGUUACAACUCAGUGCAUUUCCCAGGAAGCCAGUGAGCUAGUGGGGGUCUGUGAGUGGGAAUGACCAAUUGUAAACCAGUGUCCCCAGCUUCUGUUGUUGUACAGUUUUCUUUUGGAACUGCAGCUGCGCUGGAUAGUAAUAGUGAAACGGGGCCUGUUUUCUCUCCUGUUUGUUUUUCUAAUGUGCACAACAGCUUGCCUUUGAUACCACAUCUUUUAACGGUAAAAUGUUCAAAGGUGCUCCAAAGGAGCAUAGAGAGCCAGAAAUUUGACCCAGCCUCAGGAAGAAGCAUUACAAGUACUGUGGUCAAAGAGGUAGGUUUUAAACUGCAACUUUUAAAAGCAGGGAGAGGUGGAUAGCUAAUUCCAAAGCUCAGAGCCAUAAGCAGCUGAAAGCAUGACAAAACUGUGGGAACAUAGAACAGUUCAGCACAAAAACAACUCUCAUCUUGUGCAUAGUCAUCGAGAUGUACAGCACAGAAACAGACCCUUUGGUCGAACUCGUCCUUCCCUGACCUAGUCCUAUUUGCCAGCAUUUGGCCCAUAUCCCUCUAAACUCUUACUAUUCAUUAUACCCAUCUGGAUGCCUUAUAAAUUGCAUUUAGAAUUGUACCUGCCUCCACCAAUCCAUCUGUCAGCUCAUUCCAUACACACACCACCCUCUAUAUGAUAAAGUUACCGCUCAGGUCCUUUAUAAAUCUUUCCUAUUUCACCUCAAACCUAUGCCUUCUAGUUUUGGACUUCCCACCCUUGGGAAAGACCUUGGCUACUCACCUUACCUAUCUUGGAUAAAAUCAAAAUUAUAGUCUUGUGUAAUUUUCCAGGCGCUCUCAUUCCCAUAUGAACCUGCCUAGUCCUGAGAGAAACAUAACAAAUCUGGAUUUGGAAGAAAAAUAAACUGUGAUAGAUUGAAACCUCAAAACACUUUACAGAAAAGUCCUUGUCUUUUUAGAUACUCAUUGUGUCAUGCCUGCGAGUGGUAACAGCAUUAAAGUCCCUUUCAGUGCAUCUUGCAGCCUUGGGAAGCUUAACCUGCAAUGGAAACUCACCUAUCUCCAGUUUGGUUCUGGCUGAAGUUUCCAGUUAUAACUGACCAAGAAGCAUGUGAUGCACAGUGUGAAAGCCAUGCAACAGGAAUGUGUAAGUGAGGGCUGAGGGGAAAGAAUAGAGAAGCUUAAACUCUUCAUUCUGGAAGUGGGGCUGGGUGGGGGAGAGUGAGGUUGGUUUCAUUGAAGUAUGAAAUAAGCUGCACUCAGAACAGCGACAGGAUCAUUUACCAGGGGGAUGAACUGAAGCCUCUACUUGUUCUGGUCGCUUGUGUAACAGUUAGCAAAAUCUGGAUUCAUGUCACAUUCUGGAAUCUGCUCAGUUUUACGCACUGUCCCACUUGCACAGUUUAUUGUGACACACACACACACACAAUGAGUAUACACAAGGAGUCUCAAUGUAAGGUUGCCUACUCUGGUUUGAAGUCACAUUGUUUGACUACCCCAUUCUCCCACCGUUGGUCAUGCCUUCCUGCAAUAUGUUCCUUUGUUACCCAAUUCAAUAUUUCUUGAAUGUCAAAGCAUUUUAUUUCAGUCUCUGAUAUUGCUUAAUGUGGUGAUCCUAUGAAACGAUAAAUCACUUUAACGCCCGCAUGAUGUUUCUCUGGAUUUGCCUGCAGCACCCUAGCCCUAAGAGUAACCCUAGCCCUAUUGCAGAUUUGCAACCCUAGUCUGCUGUGAACGGUCAUGUAUAUGUCACUCAAAUUUGAAAGAUCAGGUACUCUUGAGGAUAGAUUGUGCAAUGAGUGUUCUUUUGUCUCGGGUCAUUCACUCUAGAUUCUCGGUUAGAUGGUGCUCGAUUUACUAAUGUGAACUGCAUCUGUAUGGGAUUAAAGAACUGUUUUAGGAGUUAUUUGGCUGUAGGUUGUUCCAACAUAGUGGUGAAAUUGUAUCUGGCGAAUGAUAUAAAGGUGUCUUCAUAUGGUAGUGGUAUCUGUUGAAUUCUUUAUUUGGGUCACAGCGUGCUACAGAUGCCUUUAAUGCUCAAAAACACUCAGUUCCUUCCCUUUUCCGCCAAUAAAUACAUACUUCAACAGCAAGCAUUAAUGUAGCACUUUGAACAGAGUAAAACACCCCAAGGCCCUCAGUUAUCAAACACAAUAAUGUACCACAUGCAAGGAUAAGGGCAAAUGUCAAAAAGUGUAGUCAACAAGAGAGGGUUCGAAGGAAUAUCCUAAUGGGGGAAAAGAGAAGCCAAGAGAUAUAAAGAGGGAAUUCCAGAACUUGGGCCUUUUGCUCAGCAGUAAGCAACUAAUGCAUUCUUUAUUGCUUACAUUAAUGCUGGAUUGGACCUAUUCUGUACUUGAGAUAGCUUCAGAUUUGGAUAGUGUUGCUGCUUGUAGUUACAUUCAUUCUGAAUGAUAACACCAAUACAAUCUCCUUUCAGGGAAUUACUUUCAAUCAUUUAAUACUCUGUGGGAGGUAGAUGAGUAGACUAUAGAUGUGAUUGUACAGUUGAUUCAAUAACUUGUAAUAAAACCUAUGUGCAACAUC